AAUAAAACCAAAACCAUCAAAGUUUCCAGAGAACCAACAUAGAACACUUUUGCUGAAGUGUAGAAAAUUGGUCAUCUUCAUCCUCUCCGAUAAUCCAUCAGAGAUAACUUAAACCUGGCUUACUCUGCGGUUGUCAUCAGGAGGCAGCAGUUCUUGAUAAGGUGUUUGGGAGGUUUUCCUGAGAAGAAAAACUUUAAUUUUCAGAGUAUUAGAAUGCAAUCUGUACUGAGUAGUGGGCCAAGCUUGGAGGCCGAUGCUGUCAGCAUUUUGAGAUCAAUAAUUCCGGGUCUUGAAUCAACUAAGCAUAAAGGCCAAGCUGGGAAGAUAGCUGUUGUUGGUGGCUGUCGAGAAUACACUGGUGCACCAUACUUCUCCGCAAUAUCAGCCUUAAAGAUUGGUGCAGAUUUAUCUCAUGUAUUCUGUACUAAAGAUGCUGCUCCUGUAAUAAAAAGCUACAGUCCUGAGUUAAUUGUGCACCCUAUUUUAGAAGAGUCCUACAGUAUUAGGGACGAGGAGAAAAGUUCCAUAUCAGCUAAAGUGAUUGCUGAGGUUGAGAAGUGGAUGGAGAGGUUUGAUUGUCUUGUUGUUGGUCCAGGCCUUGGAAGAGAUCCGUUUCUCCUGGAUUGUGUAAGUAAUAUCAUGAAGCAUGCAAGAGAGUGCAAUGUCCCAAUGGUUAUCGAUGGGGAUGGGCUUUAUCUCGUGACUAAUUGUCUUGAUCUGGUUAGUGGUUAUCCCUUAGCGGUGCUUACUCCAAAUGUGAAUGAGUAUAAGCGGCUUGUUCAGAAAGUACUAAAUUCCGAGGUAAAUGAUGAAAAUGGAACCGAUCAGUUGUUGUCUCUUGCAAAAGGGAUUGGUGGUGUUACAAUCUUGCGGAAAGGGAAAUCUGACUUUGUCAGCGAUGGUAAAACAGCUUGUGCAGUGAGUAUAUAUGGUUCUCCACGGCGCUGUGGUGGACAGGGUGACAUACUUUCAGGAAGUGUUGCAGUGUUCCUAUCCUGGGCCCGGCAGUGUGCAGCUAAAACGGAGGUAAGCAUGAAUCCAACCAUACUAGGAUGUGUUGCUGGAUCUGCUUUACUGAGGAGGGCAGCAUCUAUGGCGUUUGACAAUAAGAAAAGGUCUACACUCACCGAUGAUAUCAUCGAAUGCUUGGGAAGAAGUUUGCAGGAAAUAUGCCCAGUCUAGUAGAAACUUAAUGGAGGGUUUUCUUGGAAGCACAGCACUUCUACUCUACUUGAAGAAACAGUUCUAUUGCAAAGGACUAAAGGGGGAAAAACAAUAGAAACCACAAGUAGAAAACCUAAGUCUCUUUUGAUGCUAACAAGACUGAGGUGUGAAUAAAGACUCCAUAUUGCAGUUAAUAAGUGUGUGCUCUGAUUUACCAAAUAAUCAUAGGCUUUUGCUUUUUGGGCAUUGAUUUAAAUUUUAUCCAGCAGGGAAGGAGAUGAGAUUCAGAAUACAUUAUUAGCUCCAACUAAACUAGGUUAAUCCUAGGUCAUCCCAUUGCUUGCUAGAAAGUCUGCUACCAUACUAGCCUCUCAGUAAAUUUGGCGCACUUGUGAUUGAUGAUCCAUUGCCUCAAGUAGGAACCUGCAAUCAAUCAACAUAUGCGAGUUAAUUAUAAUGCUUUUUAUGAUGUUUAGUGAUCUUUCAAUACCUAAAAAUCUGUUUCUACAAUCAAUGAAAAUAGAUUCUUUGUAAAA